AUGUUUCGUAUGAAGUUCCUCCAACUCCUCGCUUGCUCCGUGCUGCUAGUUUGCUCCAGCUUGGCGGAAGGGGAGCUCGCAGCUUUGACGAGGGACCAAGUGCCCUACUUUUCGAAGAAAGGGAUCUUUAUUAUCCAAAGUGACUACCUUGACACAUGCAUUAAAGCUGAUACAUCCAAGCUCAUCCUUGAAGACUGCACUCACUUUUCCAAAUACAUGUUAUGGAAAUGGGGUACUAAGCAGCAACUUUUCAACAUAGGCAGGAGUGCUUGCCUCGGACUGGACAUCAGUAACAAAGAACAGCCUUUAAUCAUGUCUGAAUGUGAUUCAGUUCAACAUUCACUAUGGUGGAAGUGCCAUGGAAAAGGGUUGAUUGGUGCAUCACAAUACAAAUUAGCAGUGGAAAGUGGAAAAUUUGUUGUGGCAAAUAGAACUUCCAACUAUGGAUGGAAACAGUUCAUGUCACCUGAUGGAGAACUUUGCGAACAUGCAUUUGAAGAAACAUAUACCAUGUUGGGAAAUUCCCUUGGUUUGCCUUGUGUUUUUCCAUUUAAAUUCAACAAGAAAUGGCACUAUGAAUGCAUCAGAGAUUCCAGAGAAGAUGGUUAUCCUUGGUGUGCGACAACAAGUCAGUAUGAACGAGAUGAAAAAUGGGGACUUUGCCCAAAUUCUGAGACUGGCUGUGACAUUUAUUGGAAGAUAAAUGCAGACACUCAGAUUUGCUACCAAUUCAAUCUUCUUUCUGUUCUCUCUUGGAAUGAAGCACGUGUUGCAUGUCAGGGACAAGGAGCAGAUUUGCUAAGCAUCAUAGAUAUGACAGAACAGACGUAUAUUAGCAGCCUAAGUGAGCAGCUGAACAGAAACAAGGUCCUGCUGUGGACAGGCUUAAAUCAAUUGGAUGAAGCUGCUGGCUGGCAGUGGUCAGAUGGAACACCUUUGGCACUGGUGAACUGGAGACCAGAUCCCACUGACCAAUCUCUUGGGCAACAUCACUGUAAAGCAUUUAACUCAAAAGUACAACAAGACUGGAAAAGUUACUCAUGUGAAUCUGGACUACCAUACGUAUGCAAAAAAUAUUUAAAUGCUACUAAACACGAAGAAUUUGAUUCAUGGAAAUUUUAUCCUACUGACUGUGCCCAUAAUUGGUAUCCAUAUAAUCGUUACUGCUAUAAACUUCAUAAAGAAGAAAAGAACUGGAAUGAAGCUUUACUCUCCUGCCAGGAUGAUAAUAGCACACUCAUUAGCAUAACCUCUUUAGCUGAUACAGAGAUGCUCAUUAACCUCCUUGAAUAUGAAAAUGUGACAGAAACUUGGAUUGGACUGAGCGGUAGUAAGACCCCAGUUGAAUUUUCAUGGUCUGAUGGAUCUUCAGUAACCUUCACUUACUGGCACAAACAAGAGCCAAAUGUCCAUCAGAGAAAAAACCAGCUUUGUGUUUCAGCUCAGCAAUGUGAGGGACGAUGGAAAGUUAAAAGUUGUACAGACAGAUAUUUUUAUAUUUGUAAAAGAGCAGGAACUGUUGGAAAUCUAAUUUCUGAAGCGCAAUCAGGCUGUCCAGAGGGAUGGGAAAGGCACGGUGGAUAUUGUUACAAUGUCGACAUGACCCCUCGAAGCUUUGAACACUCAUCCGGUGGUUAUUAUUGUCCCUCACUUGUAACGGUAAAGAGCAGGUUUGAACAAAGUUUUCUCAACAGUAUGAUUCACCACACUGUGAAAAUUGAUACCCCUUAUUUUUGGAUAGCAUUACAAGAUCUGAACAAUACAGGAGAAUACACUUGGUUAACUGAAGGUGGAAAUAUGCAUCUUAAGACCUAUACAAAUUGGGGAAAAUAUCAGCCCAGACAUCCUGGAGGUUGUGUUGUUAUGCGACAGGAGAAGCCCAUUGGCGUUUGGGAGGUGAAAAACUGCACAAGCUUCAAGGCUAUGUCACUGUGUAAGCAAGAAGCUAAAUUCCAUGGAGAAAAUGAAUCUAAUGAAGAACCACAUUUUGAACUGCCUUUUAGUUCUUGCAUGUUUGGAUGGGAAUCGGACCACAAUUUGCUCAACUGCUACAAGGUAUUUCACAGUGAAAAAAUACUAAUGAAAAGGUCUUGGGAUGAAGCAGAAGCUUUGUGUCAGGAUUUUGGAGCACAUCUUGCCAGUUUUACAAAUGCCUUUGAGGAGGAUUUCUUGAACAAACUUUUGAAUACAAUGUUUGAUAUUGAUGAAGAAAGACAAUUCUGGAUUGGACUUAACAAAAGGAACCCAUUAUCUGGAGGAUCCUGGCAAUGGUCUGAUGGCACUUCCGUUGCAUCUGCCUUUUUGGAGAAUGCUUAUAUUGAAGAUAAUGUGAGGAGCUGCGCUGCAUAUAAAAUGAAUGGAACAGUCUUGCCACUACGUUGCAGUUCAGAGCGUGAAUGGAUAUGCAAAAUACCAAAAGGUGUGAAACCCAAGAAUCCACAAUGGUUCAUCAAUGAGCCAUCAUGGUUUUAUUAUCAAGGAGCAGAGUACCUUUUUUAUGACAGUGCCUCAGACUGGCCUACUUUCCAAUUUGUUUGCGGUUGGUUCCGUGGUGAUAUAGCAACAAUACAUUCCUCUAAAGAACAAGAAUUUAUUCAAAACAGAAUAAAAAAGAUAUCAAAAUCUUAUAACAAUUGGUGGAUUGCACUGCAUUCAAGAGUAUCUAGUGAAGGAUUUCGAUGGAUAGAUGGCUCACCAGUAUUAUAUCAGAACUGGGAAGGAGGUGAAGAGAGACCUAACCAUGCUCAGGGAGGACAAUGUGGUUUUAUUUCUUCCAAAACAGGUCUUUGGGGCUUUACAAAUUGUACCCUUUCUCUGCCUUGUAUCUGCAAACGUAAAAAGAUAUGGACUGUUGAGAGAGAAAUACCAAAAGAGGAGAAUCAUCAUGGAAUGUGUCCGAAAGGAUGGCUGUACUUUGCAUUCAAGUGCUUUCUAGUGCAGAUUUCAAAAGAUCCAAAAUACCUGAAAAGCUGGCAUUCUGCGCAGACAUUUUGCAAUAGCCAUGAUGGAUCACUUGCUUCAAUCGAAAAUGAAGUUGAACAAGCUUUCAUCACAAUGAACUUGUUUGGUCAUAAAUCUAAUGUGUGGAUUGGUCUGCAGAGUAAUGAUGAUGAGAAAUGGGUUAAUGGUCAGGGAGUGGAAUAUUCCAACUGGUUUCCAGGAGAAGUGAUGCAGACUCGCCAUAAUUACAGUGCUGAUAAACAAGAAAAAGCUCCACAGUGUACUUUGAUAUUAAAUAAUCCUAGUUUCAGUUUGAUGGGGAAAUGGUACCUAGAAAACUGUGAAAAAAGUUAUGGGUUUAUCUGUCAGAAAGCUCAAGAUACAUCCAGACGUGUGAUAGACCCUUCAGUGAUGUUUCCAGUACCAAAUACUUUAGAAUAUGCAAACAGGACAUAUACAUUAAUCAGUGGCAAUAUGUCUUGGUACACGGCUUUAAAAACUUGCAAAGAAAAAGGGACUGAAUUGGUCAGCAUUACAGACCACUAUCACCAAGCCUUCCUCACUGUAAUUAUAAAUCGACUGGACUAUGCUCACUGGAUUGGAUUCUCCACUUCAGAUAAUGGUCUUAACUUUGAGUGGUCAGAUGGUACCAAGCCUUUUCUUACAUUCUGGACAGAUGAGGAAUCACAAACUUCAGGAAACUGUGUUUACAUUGAUAUAAGUGGACGCUGGAGAAGUACUGACUGUGAGACACUUUUGAAUGGAGCAAUUUGCCACAACUCACCCAAGAGCAAACCGAUGGAAUAUAAAGGAUUGUGUGAUGAAAAAAAAGUCCCUUGGAUAAAAUUUGAAAGCAAUUGCUACAGUUUUUCCACAGUUCUAGAAAACUUGAACUUUCAGGAAGCAUUUGACUUUUGCAAAAAGGAAGGUUCUAAUCUUCUGACUAUUAAAGAUGAAGAUGAAAAUGCUUUUCUUCUGGAACAACUAUAUUCUUUUGGGUCCUUGGUUGAAAUGAUUUGGUUGAAUAUCAAGUUUCUUACUGAUAAUAAUACAGUGGUAUGGUUUGAUGGCUCCCCCAUUCAUUAUUCAAACUGGGACAUUAAAGAACUUGAAAUGGGUCAGAUGAAAGGAAAUGUUUGCAUUGGUUUGAGGACCAUAGAUGGAAUCUGGCAAUUAUCUCCCUGCCAAGAAAAAAAAGGAUUUGUAUGUAAAAACAAAAUAGAUUAUCAUGAGAUUACAAUACAGCCAGCGAGAGUAUCGUACCGAAGAGUUAUCGUGCUGGUGGUAUUACCCACAUUGGUGAUAGCUGCCAGUGCUAUAUCUACUUGUUUGUGGUGCUUGCACAGACCCAAUCAUCUCUUUAGAAGAUUGCUGUGGUUCAGAAAUGCCUGUCCUGCUGAAUCGAACUCUGAAGUUCCUGCCAUUGAAGAAAGCAUCCUUAUUUCUAACCUGGAGAGAGAUGAUGACCUUUAACGGUGCCGUAAUAAGGAUCAAGAGCAAAUUCAUUUAAUACACCUGCCAUUGUUGCCAUUUUUAAAAUAAAAACUCUUCAAUCUUUUAUUUCAUUUCAUGAACUGAUUGCAGCUUAAGAUCCGGUCACCGUUUGUUUCAUUCAUCCAAUUUUAAAACUAAUGAUUUAGAAUGGAAUAAUCUUGU